AACCAACAGGCAACAAGGUUGUCGUUUCUGUCCUCAAAAUAAAAUUAGUGCUCGCAAAUCGCAAUCACACCAAGACGGACAAGUAUAGAAAGAAAAAGAAAACAGAUAAGAUCAUCGCUGAUCACCGAGUUCUGCAUCUAUCUCUCUGUCACUCUUAUAGCCUGAAGGGGGAAGAUUCAAGAAGCAGCAGGAAAGUGAAGAACUCAAAGAUCUAGAAAAGGUAAGUGAAACAAAAUGUGCAGUGCAGAUGGAGAUUGCAGGCCGUUGGGUUUUCUUCUUGGCCUUCCUUUUGCUUUUCUUUCCCUCCUCAUCUCCAUAGUCGGCAUCGUCGUCUGGAUCGUCGGAUUAUUGCUGAGCUGCAUCUGCCCAUGCUGUUUCUGCGUUACUGUGUUAGUGGAGCUGGCUUUGGAGUUGAUCAAGGCUCCGAUUCAUGUAAUGGAGUGGUUUACUUCUCAGAUUCCCUGUUAGCUUGAGUCUCUUCAAAAACAGUUUGAAGUGCUGCUGGGUUUGAUAUUCAUUAGCUUGUAGUUGUUUUAUGGCCAGUGAUGAUUGUUGGUUUUAUUUGAAAUGUUGGGACGCUGAUGCUUAUUCUGAGUUCUUGAAACUAGGAGUCAAUUACAUAUAUAUUAUUUUCUUUUAUUUUUACCAA